AGCCAGGGGCCGAGCAGGAACCAGGAAAUACAAGCUCUCCCUGUCCAGAAAACGCUUCUGCUUCAUGGAGGAAGGAGCGACAUGGGCAAUCUCUGCAGCUGCGGGCGACCGUGAAAAAGGGCACAGCGGAGCAUCGUUCGGUGCCAAGCGGAAAUAUUUUCGGCUCUGAGCGUGGUACAAGGGGGAGACCUAUGAACGUCAGAUGAAGCGCCGAGGACAUUCUCUCCAACACUGCAUUUGUUAAAAGUCUUGGAAAUUCAUCAGCGCUUUUUAAUAAUUACAAGAGGCACAGCAUCACCUAGUGGCUGAAGCAGAGGAGGAGGUGCAGGACACCGAGGUCUUUCCAACCUGAGCCCUGAGCUGGAGCGCAGAGGAGUUUGGGAUUUAGGAAUAGGAGCUGGAGGUGGGAGGUGGAAGGCUGGUUCUUGACAUGUACCCCCCAAAAGUCCCAUUUUCUACUUCCUCUACCCUGUGGCAGAGGGUAAAUGAGGCACCCAGGGCAUCAGCUUCAUUACUGCAGCGGACAAGGGCCUGAUCAUGGAAUGCCUGGGGCACAGGCUGGUUCCCUUGAGCAGAGCUGCAGUUGCCCGGCAUGCUACUGAUGCUGCGUGGCAGGGAGAGCUGUGCCACAGCACAGACUGGCAAAGCCAGAGACUCCGGAGUACAAACACCACCAUUACAGCAUAUGCUGUGGUGGCACUUUCAUGUCCAGACAGUGCCAGGCCAUGCACAAACACUUCUGCCUCCACAAGGAAGUAUAAACCAGAAUCUGAAGGUCACUCAUGUAUGCAGGGCCAGGCAGGAGAGCAGCUUUCGGAGCAACGUGGUGGCAUGCUGGCUUCUCUGGGGCAAUAUCAAAUUCUGUUCCCCCAGGGCUACUGGACCAGGACUCCUGUGUCCCACUUGAUUUUCUCCCAGAGGCUGCAUGGAAAGUAAGAAUCUGGGACGGCAUUUCUGCUGGUGGUGUCACUACUACCUUCUGGCACAUUCCUGCAGCAGAGGACAAAGCCCUGGCCAAAGACACUUUCGACCCCAGUACCCCCGUGGAACUCAAGUGCUAACAUCUCCUUGCUGUGCAGCAAGGAGAAAGCAGAGCUCUCUCCCCAGGAGCAUCAUCCCCUGUCCUGUACAUGGAAACACAUGGGUGAAGAAGGGCUCAGGCUCCCAGGCUGUCCCCGUGCUGUACAAGCUAUUCAAAUGGGCUCUGAGCAAGGAGAGGAAGGCAAAUGGGAAUGUGCUGUUAGUAACAUGGGCUUGGGAGACACCUACAGAGGACCACAAUCAAGAGCAGACUGGUGCACUGAAGCCCCACUGCAGAAGUUUGCAUUAUUCAUAGCUUUGCCUUGGUGACAGAGGGAAAAAAAUGGUACUUAAUUUUAGUACAGGUGUUUCCAGGCACCUAUACUGCUUUUAUUUCUGAUUUUGUCAGCACCACAGCUGUGUCAGCAAAUUGCUGGGCUUCCUAAGUAAAGCUGAGACUUACAAAAGGGCUCAGAGGGGGUAGGCACCCACCUUCUCCUGGACGGAAGAUCCUUGUCAUGAUCCCUACCAAAGCACGAGCCCUAAGGGAGACAGAGCAAAGAGCAAGAGACUGAGGAGGUUCCUGAAGUCUUUAAAGAAAAGCCAUUACAGCAAAUUUAUUCACAGAAAAAAGCUACUGAUGAAGGAAAGCGUGCCCUCAGGUCUGGGUACUUCUGCAAAUAUGGUCUUGCGGAGGGCAGGCCCCAGGAAUUGCCCUUCGCCUUUUAAAAGAAAGAAAGAAAAGCAAGGAACUAAUGUGAGACAUGAGAGCCAACAGAAUCAGCCUGGCAGGAAGGGUCCAACGUACGAAGAUGUCCUGGAGUUUCCUGUCUAUGCCACUGUGAGUAAGCCCAAGAGUGUGAAGCAGGAUGACAGCAUUCAUUACGCAGACAUCCAAGUGUUCACCAAGGUCCGGGAGCGCUCUGUAGCAGAGGUGAAGAACUUACAAAUGCAGAAUGCCACAGAGUAUGCCACCCUCAACUUUCCCCGGCCCAGGCUGAAAUAUGACAGUAAGAAUGGGACCCUGGUAUAAAAGGCUUGGUGGUCCCCUCCUCCUUCAGCAGCAAAAGGAUUUCACAGACUUAGAGAUGCUGUAGAUGCAAGAUAACCUCAUGGACACAUCAAGUCUCCCUGAGAAAGUGCAGAGAGGCUGUGUCUUCCCCCUGCAUUUCUCUUCGGAGGACACAGACAUAUUUAUUCUCACACGAUGAGUAGUUUCCUAUCUGAUUCUGCUGACAAAAAACACCUCUUCACCUUGGAAGAGUUGACUCUGAAGCUGGCAACCCAUCUCUUCUCAGCACUGUGAGAAGGCAGAGCUGCUCCUUGGCUGAUGAAGGCUAAAACCACAGCUCAGAGCUUCAGUGAGAAAGUUCCUGCUGUGGCACAGGACCAGCUGAGUGCUGCUCUGCAGAUGGAUUUGGGAACAUGGCAUACAGGAUUCAAGGGACAAGGAAGAUGUUGCCACAGGAUUUUAUGUCAAUGUUAAGAAAAUUCUGCAAUGUGCAGAAUGACAUGUGGAUGACACUGUGAAGAAAUGGCAUGAAACCUUUAACAGUAUCUACUGCAACGUCUUCCUCCAACACCUGCCACUGUAACUGCAGUCAUGCACUAUGUGCAUCCCCUUUUCUCAAAAAGCAGUGUUCUAUAACUAUGCACAGCACACUAAAACCAAGGCCAGGAAUGCACAAUUAACUGAGGGGUACAGAACAAUUUCUUUCACUGAAGGGCUGUACAGAUAAUGCAUCCCUACCCCAACAUGCACAGAAGUGAGUAGUGACCUCUUGGCUCUGACUGGAAAUGAAAUAAGGAAAAUUCACAAUUUAACUGCAAGGCAGCCACUUAAGAGCCACUGCCUAUAUUUAGGGCAGUUAUCCAGUUCUUAGAGUACAGCAGCUGUCUGCAUGCCUGAGGUACUGGGUAUGAAUCCUGGUCAACUUUAGAGAGGGUUUUGGACUUUUCCUCCAUUUUUUAUUUCAUACUGUCAGCCCUAGUUAUGAAACCCAGUGACAUAAAGCACACACCAUGUGGUGUUUUCUGCUAACCCUCCCAGAUACACCUCUCAGAAUUUUUUUAUGGAUUUAAAAUAGUGUUAGUAAUGCAGUAUAGUAAUUGUCCAAAAGGCUUCUGCCACUGGUCUGAAUUUGGCAGUUGCAGCAUUGGCAGUUGAACAGGGCUUCCAAGAAGUAUCUUCAGGCACUAAAUCAAUGCUUGGCACGUUCUGUUCCUAAAUAAUGGUCUGCAUAGCUAAAUGUAGAUCGUGGGACAACCUGUUUAUUGCCAGUGUUUAAAAAGGGACAUCCUGGUACAUUUUAUAAACAUACAUAAUUUUGCAUAUUAUGGCUCAGCUAAAUCUAAAAAGCAUGAAGGAGUUCCUGCUCAUUACAAAAAAUAAAGCUGAUAUGGGCAGUGUUUGCUAA